AGGGUUCCCGCGGGGUUUUAAAAGGUAGUUAAUUAAAAUAGGCUAAAUUAUGGCCAGUAAAAAGUAGUAAAAGGUAGUAAACGUAAUCUGACGUGGUAGUAAAUUUUUUUUGACCCCCAUCCAACUGGGCCUAUGUGUUUUCUAAUUCGUUUAAUUAACCUGCAUGCCAUAAUAUCCAUAAAUUACUACAUUUGGGCGAAUUUAUUUUUAUGUAUCAAGGAGGACCGCAGUGAGGAGUUGGUGGCGCAUGCGCAUUGAAUUCCAAUAACGGUCGAAUCCAGUAUAAAUUUAUACCAGAGAUUGUUUAGUACAAGACUGACUUUGUUUAUACGGCUCUAGUCGAAUCUAUCUGUUCACCCGACUGGCAACAUCUGCACGAGAAUUAAACAAUGGGGAAAUGCAAAUUUUCAGACCUCUGGCUGGAGGAACCUGAUUUUAGAGACUGGCUAAAGGCGGUAGAUGGCAAUCGGCGAGAGGCGUUCUGCAUAGUGUGCAAGAAAACUAUUAGCAUUACCUGGAUGGGAGUGAAGGCUAUUAGGUCCCACAUGGAAUCGAAUAUCCACCAGGGAAGGAUGCGUGGACGAAAUAGACAGCUACCUCUGUCGUUGUUUUGCCGAGGCACUUCUGCGACUACUACGGUCACAACGCCCUCAAUCUUGCCUGCUCCGAUAAACCCUGAAUCCACCGUUGGUAAUACUACCGCCAUGGCUACCACCAGCCUUUCAGGACAUCAGACGGUCAUAACUGGCACUGACUCGCUUGAGGCUGAGGUACUGUGGUGUUUGGAUUUGGCGGUGAAACACCACUUCUUCAGUUCUAACGAAGGCAUCGGAGAUCUGUUUCGGAGGAUGUUCCCGGACUCCCAGAUCGCCAAAUCAUUUGCUUUGGCCAGUGACCAAACCAGUGGCAGCAGCAACUUAAGGAGGGAAGGAAGGACAGCAACCUCAAGACUGGACCUCACAUCAGCAAUGGAUCGAAACACUAACAACGUGUGGGCAUAUAGGCCAACUAAUGCAAUGGGGGAGAACAGAGAGAGUCCAACAGAGGAUGCAGUGGAGAACGCUGAGCAACCAAUGGAGGAUGCAAUGGUGGAAAAUGUAGAGCGACUAACGGAGGAUGCAACGGUGGAGAACAGAGAGCAACCCUGUCCUGAUUUUGUCAUCCCAGAGCAUUUUGGUGCUUUUGACAAUUCAGUGUCAUUGUACUCUGGCUUUGACAACAGCACCCUCACCUCUCCAUGGCACCCUACUAUGUCCCAGACUUGUGACUGUACCAUGCUAACAACUUUGAAUAUACCAGAUGUUCCAAGUGAGCCUGCAGAUGGCCCCUCUGCAUCACACCAAUCUGAGGAUGACUCCUGCCAGGACAGUCUGACCAAACAAGCUACUGCUAUUGUGUUGACUGCAAGAGAAAGACACCAUCUUUCGCAGACUGGUGUGAAUGAAGUUGUGGCUGCAAUGCAACAGUACCAAGCUUUGUUGGUGACCAAUCUGAGGAGUCGGCUACAAAGAGUAUUCCAACAACACCAGGGAAGUGAACUUGAAAAGGAGGCUCUGGCGGUAUUUGACCAGUUGGAGGAUCCGUUUGCCUCUGUUUCAACAACGUACAGGCAGGACUGUGUGAUUAAGGACUAUUUCCAUUUUGUAGAGUCAGAGGAAGUUACUGUUGGGUAUACUGCUUGCUUUCUUAAAAAAGGAGCAAAAAGAGUCCUCUCUACCAGACCCAAAUGUUUUCAGUAUGUUCCUCUGAUCAGAAGUCUGGAGCAGUUAUUGUCCCAUCCAAAAGUCCUGGCAAUGAUAGAUGAGCCACAGAAAUACAGAAGUGGGUAUUUGUAUGACAGUACAGAUGGUGAAUUCAUGAAAUCACACCCCUUAUUUUCUGCCCGACCCUCUGCCUUACAGAUAAUCCUUUACUCUGACGAAAUUGAACUUUGCAACCCGCUUGGGUCUCAUGCUUCCAAGAAUAAGUUGGUAAUGUUUUAUUAUACACUUGGAAACAUUAAUCCAAAAUAUAGAUCAAAACUGGCUUCAAUUCGCCUACUCGCCAUUGCAAAGAAGAGAGAACUCUCUGAAUGUGGAGUUGAUGGAAUUUUGGGAAGGCUGCAUGAGGACCUAGUAAGGCUAUACGAGGGUGUUAGAAUUCAAAUUGGGGAUGGUGAACGUGAAAUAUAUGGAGCAUUAGUUUCUAUAUGUGGGGACACUUUAGCUCAGCAUGAGCUUUGUGGUUUUAAAGAGGGUGUUGGUUUUGUUUUCAAGAAAUGUAGGCAGUGUGAAUGUACAUUUGAGGACAUGCAGUUGUAUUUUGAUGAGGAUUACUUUGAAGAAAGAAACAUAGAGAGACAUAUGCGGCAGUGUAGUGAUAUUGAGAAGGCCAAUACUGAGUAUCUCAGAAACAGUUUAAAAACUACAUUUGGGAUCAACAGAAGGAGUAAACUGGUAGAAUUCCCAGCUUUUAACUUGAUCCAACAAACACCCCAAGACAUCAUGCACGUAAUUCUGGAAGGCAUUGCCCCAUUAGAAAUAAAAUGUGUGAUGAAACACUUAGUACUUUUAGGACUACUUGACUUGGAUGUUCUCAAUAGUGUGUUACUUGCAUUUCCCUACUCUCUACUUGAUGUCAGAGAUAAACCAAGCCCUAUAAGCUAUAGCACAUUAGCAUCCAGUGACAAUAAAUUAAAGCAAUCCUCAGGCCAAAUGAUUGUUCUACUUAAAAUUCUUCCAUUUCUGAUUGAUAGAGUUAAAGGUAAUGAGUACCACACAGUCAUUCUUGAGCUGAUAGAAAUAGUUCAAAUUUUGUUUGCUCCUGUUAUUGGUCUACAGACUAUCAACAAAUUGAAAACACUCAUUGAACAGCACCUAACACAUAUGAAGAACCUUUUCCCAGAUAACAACAUCACUCCAAAGCAACAUUAUUUGAUUCAUAUUCCAUCUCAGAUUAAGCUACUGGGACCAAUUGUCUGUCAUAUGUGCAUGAGAUUUGAAUCAAAGCAUUGCUUUUUCAAACAGUGGGCUUCAAAACUAAACUUUAAAAAUGUUUGCAAGUCCUUAAUAAGGCAUAAUCAAAUGUAUGAAUGCUGUCAGAAUGUUAGUAGUUCCGAACACCCUAUUUUUUCAAAUGAUUGUACAUUGGGACCGAUAUCAGAAAUAAGCAACAUGUCAUACUUAAAAGAAAAAAUGAGAGCCUUUCUUGGAAAUGAUGAGGUAAACCAUGCAGUGUCUGUAAAAUGGAUUAAUCUAAAUGGCAACAAAUACAUACGGGAAAAGUCAUUAAUUGUGAGUGAUGUUAAUUCUGAUCUGCCAGAAUUUGGACUUUUAAGACAUAUCUAUGUGAUUAAUUCAUCAUUGUUUUGUUUUGAGUUCAUGCAGUACAACACCAUUUGUUAUAAUAGAGAUUAUAUGGCAUAUCAAUUAGAGAUCCCAAACUUGGCACAAGCAACUGAACUGAUAUCUGUCAAUAACCUUGUAGAUUUCACUCCGUAUUACAGCUUUACUCACAAGGAUAUGGUCUUUGUCCCAAUGAAAUAUUACCUCGGAGAUGUGAUUGGGCUACACAAAGCCUCAUCUGAUGUAUAAAAGGCACACUGUUAUUCUGCUAUUAGCUGUGGCUCAUAUUCAGUCAUGGAAAUUUGGCAAAAAGUUAUUGAAAUGUUAUAAAAUUCAUUUAGUGGGCAACACAGAACUGGUUAAUAGCUUUUUCUAAAUCAGUCAACUGUA